AUGAAGUUUGCCUACCGGUUUUCAAAUUUGCUGGGCACAGUUUAUCGGCGUGGAAACUUAAAUUUUACAUGUGAUGGGAAUUCAGUUAUCAGUCCUGUGGGGAACAGAGUCACGGUAUUUGAUCUUAAAAACAACAAAUCUGACACACUGCCCUUGGCCACUCGGUAUAAUGUCAAGUGUGUGGGACUGUCCCCAGAUGGUCGCCUUGCUAUCAUUGUCGAUGAAGGGGGUGAUGCACUGCUGGUCAGCCUGGUCUGCAGGUCCGUGCUCCACCACUUCCACUUCAAGGGCUCAGUGCACAGUGUCUCCUUCUCCCCUGAUGGCAGGAAGUUUGUUGUCACAAAAGGCAACAUUGCCCAGAUGUACCAUGCCCCUGGGAGGAAGCGAGAAUUCAAUGCGUUUGUCCUGGACAAAACCUACUUUGGACCGUACGAUGAGACCACAUGCAUCGAUUGGACAGAUGACUCCAAGUGCUUUGUGGUCGGCAGCAAAGACAUGUCCACCUGGGUGUUUGGAGCAGAACGCUGGGACAACCUCAUCUACUACGCUCUGGGAGGACACAAGGAUGCCAUUGUGGCCUGUUUCUUCGAGUCCAACAGCCUGGACCUGUACUCACUCAGCCAGGAUGGAGCCCUGUGUGUGUGGCAGUGUGACACAUCCCCUGAGGGCUUGAGGCUGAAGGCCCCUGCGGGUUGGAAGGCUGACCUACUGCAGCGCGAGCAGGAGGAGCAGGAGGAGGAGGGGGAGAAGGAGACCACCAUCCGUGGGAAGGCCACACCAGCUGAGGACGAGCGGACAGGCAAAGUGAAGUACUCGCGGCUGGCCAAAUACUUCUUCAAUAAGGAAGGAGAUUUCAACAACCUGACAGCUGCUGCCUAUCACAAGAAGACCCACCUCCUGGUCACUGGUUUUGCUUCUGGGGUCUUCCAUCUUCAUGAGCUCCCAGAGUUCAACCUCAUCCACUCCCUAAGCAUCUCAGAUCAGAGGAUCUCCUCAGUCGCCAUCAACAGCUCUGGGGACUGGAUCGCCUUUGGCUGCACAGGCCUGGGCCAGCUGCUGGUGUGGGAGUGGCAGAGCGAGUCGUAUGUGCUCAAGCAGCAGGGUCACUUCAACAGCAUGGUGACGCUGGCCUACUCUCCUGAUGGGCAGUAUAUCGCCACCGGUGGGGACGACGGCAAGGUCAAGGUGUGGAACACCCUGAGUGGCUUCUGCUUUGUCACUUUCACGGAGCACUCAAGUGGGGUGACUGGUGUGACCUUUACUGCUACUGGGUACGUCAUCGUGACCUCGUCCAUGGAUGGGACCGUGCGGGCCUUUGAUCUUCAUAGGUACCGAAACUUCCGCACCUUCACGUCCCCACGCCCCACCCAGUUCUCCUGCGUGGCUGUGGACACAAGCGGGGAGGUCGUUGCUGCUGGGGCUCAGGACUCCUUUGAGAUCUUCGUGUGGUCCAUGCAGACAGGCAGGCUCUUGGAUGUUAUAUCUGGCCACGAGGGGCCCAUCAGUGGCCUGUGCUUCAGCCCAAUGAAGUCCAUCCUGGCUAGUGCAUCCUGGGACAGGACAGUGCGCCUGUGGGACAUGUUUGACAGCUGGAGGACCAAAGAGACUCUGGCCCUGACCUCUGACGCUCUGGCUGUGACUUACCGUCCUGAUGGCGCCGAGCUGGCUGUGGCCACACUGAACUCACAGAUCACCUUCUGGGACCCUGAGAAUGCCGUGCAGACGGGCUCCAUUGAGGGCAGGCACGACCUCAAGACGGGCAGGAAAGAGCUGGACAAGAUUACAGCCAAACACUCAGCGAAGGGGAAGGCCUUUACCACCCUGUGCUACUCUGCUGAUGGCCAGAGCAUCCUGGCAGGAGGCAUGUCCAAGUUUGUGUGCAUUUACCACGUCCGGGAGCAGAUCCUCAUGAAGAAGUUUGAGAUCUCUUGCAACCUUUCUCUGGAUGCCAUGGAGGAGUUUUUAAACAGAAGAAAAAUGACAGAGUUUGGCAACCUGGCCUUGAUUGAUCAAGAUGCGGGGGAGGAGGAUGGAGUUGCGAUACCAUUGCCAGGAGUGAGGAAAGGCGACAUGAGUUCUCGGCACUUCAAACCUGAAAUCAGGGUGACCUCACUUCGCUUCUCUCCCACUGGGCGCUGCUGGGCUGCUACCACUACGGAGGGGCUCCUAAUCUACUCCCUGGAUGCCCAGAUGCUGUUUGACCCUUUUGAACUGGACACCAGUAUCACCCCUGGGCAGAUCCGUGAGGCACUGCGCCAGCAGGCAUUCACCAGAGCCAUCCUUAUGGCUUUGAGGCUCAACGAGAAGAAGCUGGUGCAGGAGGUCCUAGAGUCGGUACCCAAGGAUGAGAUUGAAGUCGUCAGCUCCUCCCUCCCUGAGUUGUAUGUAGAGAAAGUGCUCGAGUUUUUAGCUUCCUCCUUUGAGGUGUCUCGCCACCUGGAAUUCUACCUAAUGUGGACUCAGAAGCUGCUCCUGUUGCAUGGCCAGAAGCUGAAGGCCAGAGCAGGGAAGCUGCUGCCAGUGGUCCAGUUCCUUCAGAAGAGCAUCCAGCGGCACUUGGAUGACAUUUCUAAACUCUGUGAUUGGAACCGCUACAACAUUCAGUAUGCCUUGGCACUUUCCAAGCAACGGGGCAUGAAACGCCCCUCAGAAGGGCUGGACAGUGAAGAGGAAACAGAGACUUCUGAUGAUGACAGUCUACAUCUGCUCAGGGGAGGCACAGAUGGAGAGGAAGAAGAGUUGCUGGCCUAGAGUGCCAAGGGGACAGGACCCUCACACCACCAGGGCCCAGGAAAUAGGAGGGGCCCGGGAGGUGACUUCUCCUUUAAGACCCAGCACGCAACCUGCCAGGACUGAUGUCAUCAGUGCCUGGGGCUGGCAGGUGCUUCGCACUAGGCCCAGGAGACAGACAGUAUGGGUUCUUGCUCCCUGACAGAUGGGGAGGUGUCUGCUGUUGGACACAUUGUUGAGAGAGGUGAACAGGUCCAUGUUGUGGGCUCAUGAACUUUCUCUGAGAGUAUUUAUAUUUUUUAAAGUUCAUAUGAUGAAUUUAGUUAUAAAAAAUGGGAUUUCCUAAAAUGUGAGGAUUAAGUCUACAAUGGAUUAAAAACAUUUGUAUAUACCACA